AUGCAUUCUGCGCCCGGUCAACGCCGGCCAGCCCGGUCUGGAGUCCCGAUGAUCCAGCCGCCGCAACAAAUCGACGACUCGUACACCAGAUACGUGGACCCGCAAUACUUGGGAAAGGGCGGUUUCGCGACAGUUUGGCUAUACCGUGACGACUAUAAGAAACAACCCUAUGCUAUCAAGAUCAUAGCCAAAGCUCAACUCAGCCGAGACUCCAGCGUCGCGAAGCUGCAUCGUGAAAUACAGCUGCAAAGCCGUUGCUCGCACCCUAACAUUGUGCGAUAUUACCACGACAUGGAAGACGAGCAAUUCCACUACCUUGUGCUGGAGUAUUGCAAGAACGGCACGUUGCAGCAACGAAUUCAUCGUUCGCAAUUUCGUCGCCUAACAUCGUUCGAAGCCUGCACCUACCUAAGCGGAGUGAUCGAGGCGGUGCUCUAUCUGUUCGAAAUACAUCUGCUCCAUCGAGACCUCAAGCCCGCCAAUGUCUUCCUGUGCGAUGAUCGCAACAUCAAGCUCGGAGACUUUGGAUUGGCCAUCGACAGCCUUGGGCCGCCGUCACGCAGCAUUUCCGGCACGCCGAAUUACCUGGCUCCUGAAGUGCUACGCCGCCGCGGCCAUUCGGAGCACUCGGAGGCUUGGGCCAUCGGCUGCACGCUCUUCUGCAUGCUAACCGGUCGUCCGCCAUUUGAGACACCGCAAUUGGACUGCACAUACGCUCGCAUCAUGAAAGCCGACUAUACAUGGCCGCAAUUUGACGAUGGUGGCCCGCCAAUAGAGCGCUCGGCGAUGGCUUUGGUAUCGGGUCUUCUCACGAUUGAUCCGAGCUCUCGUGUGACUGUUGACGGCAUCAGGGAAUCGUUGUUUUAUCGCAUCAACCAUCAGCACCCCGAUGAGCGCCCGCCAUUGACAAUAAACUGCGAGUUGGAGAUGCCCCCCGCUUACCAACCUUCCUGGCCAACGCCGUCGCCAUCGCCGCCCAGUCUUAAUGAACCGUGCUACUCGCCGCCUGAGCAACAACGCAUCAAAGUCAACGGUUGGGACAUAUUGCGUCCGACGUCGCAAAAAUGGCGCCCCGAAAAGCACUCGGCGCAGGACUCUGGCGUCGGAUCCUACCCGGACCUGAUCACCCCUCGACCAGCUUGGAUCACCCGGCUGCAGAGCUACCAAAACGAACUGACGAUGAUCGUUCAAAGCCACCAUCGACUGGUCGAGAUUAUGCCUGAAGCCGUCCUUCACGUCUCACGUUGGGUAGAUUACACAAACCGACAAGGCUUUGCGUUUCUCCUCUCCGACGGCUCGUGCUCGGUCAACUUUUGCGACGGCAACUAUUUGGCCCUCAGCCCCUCAUCUCUGAUAGUACGCUACGGCUCGGACACCUUUGGGGAGUCUCGCACGCUGUCAACGUACCAAGCACCGCCUGAAAUCGUCGAGAAGGCGCGGCUGGCCGGCGAGUACCGUAAAUACAUGAUGCACAACCUGGCACAAGCGGUCGAUCAAGGUAUCUGGGAUCGCUUGGGCGGGCCAAUGAGCAAUCAGCUGCCCUAUGUGCAAGAUGUCUGGAAAAGCCCGACAGCCGUCGUCUUUCUGUUGUCGAACGGGGCGGUGCAGGUAAAUUUCAUGGAACGCCACUGCAAGAUUAUCAUCUCACCGCCCACUGGGUACCAACCGCUCAUGGCUGUCACUGUCAUCGAGCCCAACCGCGCGAUCCGUUCAUAUAGAGUGGAGACACGUAGGCCUGAGCCAAACGCCUGGCGUGCUAUGGGCCCCCUCAUCCCUCUACUUGCCGAGAUGGGACCCUUGAUGGGAGAUCAGCUGGUGCGCGUCCGUUUCCCACAACCUCCGGCCUCACGCGCCUACCCCGGCUUGCUCAACCGAAUCCCCCGUCCCCUCUACGCG